GUGUGAAACCCUCGCCAGUGCAUCACAGCUGAAGGUUGCAAUCAUGCCUGCCUCCAAGGGAUCCCGUUCUUCUUCCAAGAAGGCCAAGAAGGGAGGUGGAGGAGGAAGCAAUGUCUUCGACAUGUUCACCCAGAAGCAGGUGGCUGAGUUCAAGGAGGGCUUCCAGAUAAUGGACCACGACCGCGAUGGCAUCAUCGGCAAGACUGACCUCCGCGCCACCUUCGACGAAAUCGGCCGCAUGUGCGCCGAGUCUGAGCUCGACGAGAUGUUGGCUGAUGCCCCCGGCCCCAUCAACUUCACCACCCUCCUCCACAUGUUCGCCUCCAGGUCCUCCGGCGAGUCUGAUGAUGACGAUGUCGUCGCCGCUUCCAUCCGCGCCUUCGAGAAGGAGCCCGGCAAGAUCGACGCCGAGCAGUUCAAGUCCAUGCUCAUGGCCUUCGGUGACAAGUUCACCAAGGAGGAGGUCGCUGCCGCCUUCGACAUCAUGGAAUACGACGAGGACUCCGGCAUCAUCGACUCCGACGCCCUCGUCGGCAUGCUGUGCGCCAGCUCCGGCAAGGAGGAGGAGGCCGCCGCCUAAGUGCCACCAACCCCCUCUUCACAUCCCUACGCCCAUGCCCGAAGGAAAUGUGGGUGAGCAGCAGCGGAAGGUUUUUCUCGUACUCAAUCUCUUCAUGUGGAAAACAGGUUCAGGAUUUGCUACCUAUGGCUGUGACACUCAAGCUUUUCUUGGUCAACAACGACUGCUGGCCUCUGCUGCUGCUGCUGCUAUUGCUGCUGUUUCAUCGUCUCGUGGAUAUCUUCUUCGUUGUCUUCUCUUUCUCUGUCGCUCGCCUUCUCCGGUCAUCAUCAUCAUCGACAUCCACCCAUAUUUCUUUGCGGGCCAGCAGGAUAGACGGUGUUGGGGUGGCAGCGGGCUCUUUUACUCUUCCAGCUGCCGCUCUAUAUUGUGAUCCUGUCGCUACUUGACCCCCGUUUAUAUACAUAUAGAUAUAAAUAUAUUUAUAUAUCAGUGUGAAAGAGACCCUCGCCAACGGUGGCAUUGGAAAGAUACAAUAGUUACGCAGAGGUGAUCGUGCUGCGCCGUGUAGUCCCAUCCGAACACGAAGUGUCUCACCACCAUCAAUUGCCAUCAAUCAGAUUCUUCUUCUAGGUCGAAGUUGAAAAGCCAACUCGGGAGCGGUGUUCUGUUUCUGUGCAUUGCGUGAAUGUGAUCCAAACGAAAGAUGUAGCCGCCGUUGCCGACACCUGGAGGGCCCGCCGCUCCCGCCAUUCAUUCAGUGUGCCAUCUGGACAGUGAAAAUCAAGACGAUUUCAAAAGACUUUGUGACUAGAAGUGAAGCAUGAAAGUGCGGCUCCUACCCAGACACACAGACUACAACACGCAAAACACGAAUAUCUUGGUGUUGGGGAAACGUCUCAAGAUCAUCGAGGAACGUAAACAAAGAAGUGAAACAAGAAUAACAGUGAAGAAAGAAAAAUUGUGGCUGGCGACUUCUACGUCCUCAGGAGCCGUAGCCUCGUAGAAGGUCAACAAGAGGGGUGCUGUCGCCACGCCUCGUCAUGUGGAUGCACGCUCUUCCACAUCACAAAUAACAUGAAUUGUUUCUUUAUGUGAAACAUUGUAUUGGCAUCUUACAAGAUACAUACAAUAAAAUGUUUUACUAUAAAACCAAA